AUGUUUGCAUUGCAGGGGUCAUGUACUGCCACGAGUUCUACAAGGGAUACGUCCACACGAUGUGGGACAUCCGUGGCAAAUGGCCCGUCCGUGGUCGAUGGCAAGGGUGACACGGGGAAGGGCGACGACUAUGGCCCGGAACGGCCGCCGAACCCCUUGACGAAUCCGAAUUUUUUCAUUCGCAUGGUGGAAGAAGGAUGGGACGCGAUAGUUGCAGCCGUGGUGCUCGUGUUCGGACUCGCUGCCGGACAUGGGCCGGACGUCUACCACUGUGUGGCGAUCUCUUGCUCGGCUGGCUGCCAUCGCUCCCUCAGUGCAGCCAUGGUCAUCGCCUUCUUCGUCUUCAAUAUGGGGCUGUGGGCGCCUUCGAUGAAGAAGGAGUAUGACGACCCGGAGAAAAUUCCGAUUUUCUCCGGGAGGAACCCAGCGCAGCAGGAGGUGGUGGAGGUGAUCAAAGAGCUGUGCAAGAUCGCGGAGAUCAAGCCAUUUGAUCGCCGAGCAGUGCCGCUACAUGGGCUUGCAGAUUCCGUCGGCUCCGCCCGCCGCCCACGGGUGCUUCGCCGUCGCAGCAGUGGUUGCCGCGGGAGCCUCCACCCCCACCACCUGCAGCUGCACCGGCUUCGUCUUCGUCUUCGGAAACGUCGGCCGUGCAGGCCCUGCUCAUGA